AGGGACAUACAACAAGGUGUCAAUGUUAUGGACAGCAUCUUCGAGAAUGCACUAAUGACAAUCAUCGCUACUAAUGAGCCCGACGCAGACUCGGGCCUCCCCGGCGUGGACGGCUAUAAUCGCUUCCACAGGCAGCUUCUUGAGGUUAUCGACAAUAUCGCAUUUGUUGUCCACCCUAUGUUAGAUGUGCUCUUGUCAUCUUCUACUUAUUCCAAGCGGGCUUGGACGUAUGUUGCCUAUGAACUGUUUAGGCCUACAUCCGUCAAUUGCUUACUUAUACUAGGUUUCAAGAAGACAUGUUUCCCGUCGAGCGCUUGUUUUCAUCAACAACCAAUGGGUUUUUCGCUGUCAAAAUUCCAUCCUGUCUGAAGACUUGCUCCAUGCGUUCCCACGACAUCCUUUUUUGAAACAGCUAAUGACAAUAUGGGAGGCCCCAAGGCGACAAUUUCAACGCCUGAUAUGUGAUUACACAUCUCGCGCAUUGACAAAUCAAGCCGAUGCUUUAAAUGCCAUUGCUGGCCUCUCGAGACGAACCCUACCAGAUCUUCUGGGGGAUUUAGUCGAAGGGUUGCCAAGCCAGGAUAUAGACCUUUUCAUUACUUUCACUUCGGCUAUGUCUCCGCUUCGUCGCCGUGCUGGAUUUCCAAGUUAUUCUUGGGCUGGCUGGAUAGGUCGCAUAUCCUAUUAUCGUCUCCGAUCUAAGCUAUUUGACGGGAGCAAUGAUACAGGACGAUCGUGGAUUAAAUGGUAUCAGAGAUAUUCGACCGAUCGGGCUGACCCUCUAUGGAAUGUCGGAAAGCCGGAUGUUGGGCCGUGUGAUGACUCUUUAGCCUACUUGGAACAACAGGUGCCUACCUCAGAAAGGGAUUCACGGCAAUCUACCCCAACCGCUUGGAAUCGCCUUGGAAUCAGCGAGUAUCGUCGUCCAUAUACCAUGUUGCAGUUCUGGACAUAUGCCAUACAUCUGCGGCUAGGAGAGUUUGACGUGUUCAGUGCAAUGGCAACCAUCCUAGAUGGUCAAGGUGCGGAUUGUGGUACGGUCAGCAUGGACGAAUUUGAAGAAGACGAUUUUUUCAUAAUCGGCUCGGUAUAUGAAUUCAUUUUGCUGUCGCCGUUCAAGCCGCUUCAUUACUCGGCGGGGGACCGCAAUCAAGUCGGAGCAGAAUCCGAUCAAUUCUUCGUUCUACUUCUUCAGCCGAAAGGUGGGGUUUCAGAAUGACGCGGGUUGGGGUCUGUAAAUCUGGAAGCAGUGGGCAGGUCUUUUUCUCCUGGUCCAAUGUGGAAGGAGAUUGUUCUGGCUUGAUCCUCGGGUCUCACAAGUGUUCGCAUUCGCCGUCAUCGAAAUUCGACGGUUGACGACCUCGCGAUUCCAGACAUUCACAUCUGUUUCUCACAGUGGAAAGCUUGCUCCUGCUUCCGAUAUCGUAAUAUUCGUUUG